AUGUAUUUGGGAUGCCCAAUUGGUCAUGCCAAGAAGAAGAAGAACUAUGACUUGCUUCAAACAAGUUUUGGGGAUGAUAUUAGUAGACAUGUAAUACAACUCCUGAGGAGUUUAGAAGAUGAACAACAGUGGGAUAAACCAUGGUGGAUGCUGAAGACUUCUGGAAAAUUCACUGUAGGUUCUGCAUGGGAUUUUCUAAGGGAGAAGCAAGAAAUCUGUUUAAAAUAUAAGUAUAUUUGGAGUGCAGGAGUUCCUUUUAAGAUAUCGCUCUUCAAUUGGAGGCUAUGGAAACAAAGACUUCCUAGUGGAAAAGUUCUUAUCAGGAAUAUGAUGGGUGAUGGGGUAGUGUGUGGUUGCUGUGAUGAUGGAGUUCAGGAGACUAUUGAACACUUAUUUAUUAGAUGUUCAUUCACUAAUUCUAUGUGGAGAUAUUUUGCAGGAUCAACAGGUGUGGAGGGCCGUUUCUUGCAGUUGAAAAAUACUUUGUAUAAAUGGUGGAAUGCAGAUGUUUCUGCAAAACUUAAACCUGUUUUAAUGGCUGUGCCACUGUUUAUUUGUUGGCAAGUGUGGAAGAGAAGAAGUGCCUUGAAAUUUGGUGGUUCUAUGUCUUAUCUGAGUAUGAGAGGAGGGAUAGCAAAUAAUUUAAUUCUAUUGGCUAAGCAGUUGUAUCCUUGGAUGUACCACCUGCCUAAUAACUGGCCUGAAUUGGUCAGAUAUUUGACAGGGUAUACUCCUAGAAUUGAUUGUAAGGUGGUUUAUUGGAAAUUACCUAGACAUAAUACAUUCAAAUGCAAUACAGAUGACUCUUCAAAAGGGAAUCCAGGACCAAGCUCUUCUGCUUUUUGUAUUAGAGAUGAUCAAGGUAACCUUGUGUAUGCUGAAGGAAAUAUGAUUGGACUAUCAAACAAUCUUAUUGCUGAAGUGGUAGCUAUAAGACUAGGGCUGGAAUAUUGUAGGAUCCACAAUUUACUCCCACUAAUUCUAGAAACGGAUUCUUUAGCUGCAAUGAAAAUGAUUGAAGGGGCUUGGCACAGACCUUAG